AUGGGGGAGCAUCAUGAAGUGGAUAUUGAGGGAUCAUAUACUGGAAGGAUCUUUAAGUCCAAAGCUUUCCCUCCUGUUACUGCAGCUGAGUUGAAAGAUUUCAUUUCAAGUCAGAAUUCUUCGGUCGUAAUGGCAAAGAAGUUGGAUAUGAUUAAAGAUAUUGAUGGCAGGAGGGAGACCCUGAAACUUGGUGUCAGAGUGCUUGAUUUGUGGUAUAUUCAUAACCGCGAAUCCAAUGUGCACCUUGAAAUGAUUUUGAUUGACCAAAUGGGGGACAAGAUACAUUGCAUAGUUAAGAAUGACGAAUUUGAUAUGUGGGAUGGUAAGUUGAAGGAAGGCGAUACAUAUAUCAUGCACAAUUUCAAAAUUGUGAAAAAUGAUGGUCAGUAUAGAGUGUGUGACCAUCCUUUUAAAUUGUUGUUUAUCGGAGCCACCUCUGUUCGUCCCCAACCGAUUGCAAAUAUACCCAAUAGUGUUUACCAGUUUCGGAGCAUAAAAGAGGUAGUGGCUGGUAAUUUCUCUCCAGAUUUGUUGAUUGAAAGGUAUAAUGACAAUCCAAAUUCUGACAAGUUGGUUAUCAUUCUUACUCAAGCCAAAGUUAAAGCAGCUACAGGGGAAUGGCCAGUGUCUGUGUCCAAUACAUGGAAUGGGACAAAAUUACUUAUGGAUGAUGCUAUUCCCGAAAUUACACAAUUCAAACAACGAAUGUCUGCUGAUGACUUAACAAUUAUGAGUCAAUCUGGCAGUCAAUUGACUCAGUCCUCCCAAUACAGUGAUGCUGAAAGGUUUGUUUAUAAAUGUUUGGUGAAGAGCGUAUCUGAAAUUCCAUUGAUUAAAAAGUUGACUAUAUUGGACCCUCUGCAGGAAAUGAUAUGUGUAACUGUGGCCACAACCACUAAGUUUAGUCUUGAUAACGAUGGGUGGUACUACUUGGUUUGUAAUCAUUGCAACAAAAGAACUAAUGAAACUGGUCCUUUUAAAUGCACCUAUUGUGAUCAAGACAACAACAUGCCGUCGUUCAAGUAUAAACUUCAGUUGCAAGUUUGUGAUGAUGCGUUUAAUUAUGCCAACUUCGUGGUGUGGGAUCAAGAAUGUAGAAACAUUAUUGAUAUUUCCGCUGAAGAAUUGCAAAUGAAAAUGAUCAAGGUGGGCGAAGAUGAUCCCAAGUGCUUUCCCGAUGAGUUGGAUGUAAUGUUAGGUUGUACUCUCGCUUUCAAACUUCGAACCCAACCAAGGAACAAAUUUGCGUCUGUCAUUAAAGUGUCUGACUUACCUGAAAUCAUCAAUUACAUUAAGAAGCUUAUACAACCCGUAAAUCUUGGUGAGUGCAGUCAUAAGAACAUAAUUAAUCUAGUAGGUGAUACUUCCACUGGAAUGAUUGCUGAUUUUCGUUCAAAAGGAGUUUGUAAUUUAGCAGCAGACAGUGAUCAUGACUUGAUGAGUUUGAGUGGAACAGCUGACAAUGAUCCUGAUAAUUCAUCUUUGGGUACUCCAUCAAAGAGAAUCGUUCCAAAUAGUGGUGUAUCUGUACAAUCGUCUGAAGACAUAGAGUCUGGUGAACUAUCAGCUACCAAGCCCAUGAAGACUAUCAAGCAAGAGAUCGACUGA